AACUUUGCAACAGCUGACAUAACAACUGCACUUUUAUAAACAACUGCGCAUUUAAAUUAUUGCAAUUUUGUCUCAACAAUUGAAGAAAGUGAGCAUUUUGACGCUGCCUUUACGUGAUAACAGAAGUGUUUUACAAAUAUGAUGAUCUGGAUAACUGUUGCGUGUUUGUUAGCAAGCAUGGUUCAACUCUCUGAAGCUGAAUGCGAAGGUAACAAACAGCCUUGUACAAACCACAUGGACUGUCCGGCAAAGCAGGCUUGUUUGCUGUGGAAAGGCGUAAAGCAUUGCUAUUGGUGCCACUGCGCCCAUAAAAGUGAAUGUGAAUUUACUCCUGGCCAAGGCAGGCUUAUGAGGUGCAACUGUUCGAACUCUGGCAACAAUGGCAACACGGGUUAUGCUUGCGAUUGUCCACCGCAGCAAACAGUCCCAGAUUGUACAUAUUCAGCCGACUUUGAAGCGAUAGACAAUGUUAUCGUCAGAUCUGAUAUCGUGACUAAUGCAGACGAAACACAUGACGUUGGUGAGGCCUAUUGCAAAAUGACGUGUGAAGUUAAACCUAACUGUGCCUGGUUUUCUUCUGAAAGUUCAGAAAACAAGUGCUACAUAUUCAGAAAAGAUCAGCUACACUAUUUGGGAUACACGGAAUCUUCGGCCGAUACUGACAAUCGAAUACAAAUAAGACGAUGUGUGACACUACUUAUAUCGGGUUAAAAAAUGACGGCUACACAUAUACUUGAAACUACACAACAUAAUAAAGUAGAAUUCGUGUAU